ACUUAAUCUUCACACUAAAACCAGAAAGAACAGAAAACAAAACACACUUGCUCUGUUGCUCUCUGUCUCUCCUCUCUUUUCUUAUCUCCGACCAUGGACUCAGCUAAAAAAACUAUGAAAGAUGAAAAGGAUAUUGACGAGGGAGCUUAUGUGGUCGGUGAGGAGGAGACACCAACAGGGCUUCUGAGAGAACUAAUGCCGAGACAUGUGUCAUUGUUAAUGGAUGGAAGCUAUAGAUGGGCCCAACAGGCCGGAUUGCUGAUGUCACAAGGCCAUGACGCCGGAGCCAAACGGCUUACAGAGUGUGCUGUACUCUGCUUCAAACUAGGGAUAGAAACAGUGUCAGCUUUUGCUUUCUCCACUGAGAAUUGGGGAAGAGACAAGAUCGAAGUUGAAAGCUUGAUGUCUUUGUUCCAACGAUACCUCAAGUCAAACAUCCAAUUUUUCCAAAGCGAGGAAAUACGACUUUCUGUUAUUGGGAAUCUUGUAAAAGUCCCGGAAUCUCUCCUCGGAGCAAUAAAAGAGACAGAGGAAGCUACAAAGAGCUACAAGAAGAAGCAUCUCAUCUUGGUCAUAGAUUACAGCGGGAGAUUUGACAUCUUGCGCGCUUGCAAGAGCAUUGUGAAGAAAUCACAACAAGGUUUGAUCCGAGAGGAAGACGUGGACGAGACGUUGUUCGAGCAGGAGCUUCUGACAAAGUGUACCGAGUUCCCAAGUCCAGAUUUCUUGAUUAGGACAAGUGGGGAACAGAGGAUAAGUAACUUCUUCUUGUGGCAGCUCGCUUAUACCGAGUUCUUCUUCUCACCGGUUCUUUGGCCUGAUUUUGACAAGGAUAGGCUUAUAGAGGCCUUGAUUUCGUAUCAACGCAGGGAAAGACGAUUUGGCUUACGGAUUUGAUCACAUGUGAUCCUAUGUUUACUUGAAAUAAGGUUGCCAUGUGAUCCAGUAUGCCCCUCUGUUCACUUUUUCUUUGUGCACUGUUUUUUUUUUCUUUUUAUUUGUUGAAAUGUGUACUCUGUUUUAUGUUAUGAUGCUUGGAAUGAAAGACAAUAUUAUUUUGAGUUGCU